GCUUGAUAGAUAUUAUUUCUGAUUUCAACGGUCAGGACAUAAAAAUCCAACAGCAGUUAAAAGCCAAAACAGGAGUUUCUCCCCCCACCAGCACUUAUCACCAACUUGUUUACUUUUACCACUCAAUCAAACUCUUCUCUUUAUUCUUAUUCUUAAAGAUUUUUUUUUUGUUUUCCGUUGGAAUUAGUGAGAAACAGAGGAUAAACUAGUAUGGGUUCCAUCUCUCUGUUUAAUUAUCUGCCCAUAACGCCACUUUCACUACAUACAUCACUAAUCAAUCCGACUUCUUCAUCAUUUUCACUUCCUCCUCCUCCUCUCUCUAAUCCUCGUCGUCGCUCCACUUUUUCACCGUUAGUCACCGCAUCUGCUGUCUUCGCAGCUCCUUCUGAUGUUAAUAACUCUGUUCCUUCUAAAAACGGGGGAUACACAGUUGGUGAUUUCAUGACAGGGAGACAGCAUCUGCAUGUUGUUAAGCCCUCAACAUCGGUCGAUGAUGCAUUGGAGCUUUUGGUUGAGAAGAAAGUCACGGGAUUGCCUGUAAUUGAUGAUGAUUGGAAUCUGGUUGGCGUUGUUUCUGAUUACGACUUGCUUGCGCUCGACUCCAUCUCUGGCCGCAGCAGCCAAAAUGAUACAAACAUGUUCCCUAACGUCGACCGUUCAUGGAAGACGUUUAACGAACUCCAGAAGCUGAUAAGCAAGACACAUGGACAAGUGGUUGGAGAUUUGAUGACUCCUUCUCCUCUAGUUGUCCGCGGUUCUACCAAUUUAGAAGAUGCUGCCAGGUUGCUACUGGAAACAAAGUUCAGAAGAUUACCAGUCGUGGAUUCAGAUGGAAAACUGAUUGGGAUUCUUACAAGGGGAAACGUUGUUAGGGCUGCACUGCAGAUCAAGCGGGAGACCGAGAACUCAACAUAGCCAGCACUUAUAUAGCUAAUAGCAAAUCUUGUUUAUUCCAUUAAUAAAAGUAAAUAAUCUUAUAACCACCAGACACAACGACCAAACAGAAUUUGAACUACUUUCAUAUGAUUUUGCUUAUGCAUACAGGAAAGAAAAAAAUCAAAUUCAUAUGAGUA